UUGAAACACACUACUUGUCUGAUUUCUUAUCCACUCUGUCUCUCUCCUUUUGAUUACCCAUAAUAUCAGAUGAAAGUAAAGCAAUGGCUAGUGCAGCUGCGAGCGCCAGUUCCAUGCUCUGUUUGUCAUUGCAGAACCCAACCAAAACCCUUCAUUUCUCUAUCAAAACACAUUCUUUUCACUUCUUAAAACCCCAACUUCCUGCCUUCCGUCGGUACUCUACGGGAGUCACACCCAUCAGUCCACUUCGUGGCAUCUCCUGCAACUGUUCCUCCACCAACACUACGCACUAUGAGUUCUCUGAUGGGUCUUCUGAAGUGGAACUAAGGUUGCAACUUGGUGGUCAAGAUGUUCUAAGUGCUAAAGAUAUAUUUGUAGAUGCGGAUGGUACUUCUCUAACAGUCAAAGUACAGCAGGCUGGGUCCAUCAUCACACUUAUAGAUACUACUAGUCUGUUUGAGAAAAUAAAGCCUGCUGAAACAAUAUGGUAUAUAGACGAUGAUCAACUUGUUAUUAGCUUAAAGAAGCAGGAUCCGAAUCUGAAAUGGCCAGAUAUUAUGGAAUCAUGGGAGUCAUUGUCAGCUGGUUCUAUGCAACUUCUUAAAGGAACAUCAAUUUACGUUGUUGGGGAUUCCACUGAAAUUAACCAAAAAGUAGCCCGAGAACUCGCUGUUGCUCUCGGGUACACGCCCCUCGUUACAAAAGAACUAUUAGAAACUUUUGCCAAGCAAACUGUUGAUUCAUGGGUGGUCGCUGAAGGCUCUGACUCUGUGGCUGAAGCAGAAAGUGCAAUACUAGAAAGCUUAAGUAGUCAUGUCCGGGCUGUUGUUGCAACCUUAGGAGGGUCUCAUGGGGCCGCAGCACGGACCGAUAAAUGGAGACAUCUUUAUUCAGGGUUUAGCAUUUGGUUGUCACAGACUGAAGCUACAGACGAGGAUUCAGCAAAGGAGGAAGCGAGAAGGCACAUUGAAGAUGGUAAUGUUGGCUACACGAAUGCAGAUGUGGUUGUGAAGCUCCAGGGUUGGGAUGCUGAUCAUGCCAAGAGUGUAGCUCAGGCAUCCUUGAGUGCCCUCAAACGCUUAAUUCUAUCUGACAAGAAACUUCCAGGUAAGAAGAGCCUUUAUAUAAGGUUAGGAUGUCGUGGGGAUUGGCCAAACAUCAAGCCACCGGGGUGGGAUCCAUCAAAUGCUGCUGAUGCAGCCCCGCCUGCUACAUUGCCAAAUUAAUUUUCAUUUUAAACACCAACAUGUUUUGCAUUUUAUAUCAUAUAUAUAAUGUGAUCUAAGAGAGCCUUUCUUUA